CGCAGUCUCUGGCUUCCUGUUGGGGCCGCUCAGCCUCGGCACUCGCGGCGGCGCGGAGGUCGGGGCUGGGCCGGCCCGGCCCGCCUAGCACUGCGCGAGCGAGCAUGGAGAAGAGGCCUUAGGAGAUCCUGUCGGAGUAAACGAUGAUGCUCUUUCCUGCUUAAGGUGACCAGUUCUUCGUAGUGAAUUGUAAAAGAAUGUGGAUUAACAGACUUCCCUGCUGUCUACUGGCAGUAGCACAUCUGUAUCUCCUGAACCACUUGGGCCACUGUCAGGAAACAGAUUCUUCACAUAUGCUUCAGAACUUGACAUGCAUAACACAGAAUUUUACUGAAGUUACCUGCACUUGGACUACAGCCUCAACAGCUAGCCUUGGAUAUAGUUAUAAAUUCUGUUAUGAUGUCAGCACUUCCCCCGAUGACAAAUGUUCAAUAACUGAGGGUAAAAAGGCAACAUUUCCAUUUAUCUCAUUUGACCCUAUUAGAGUAGAGAUCUCCACCUUGAAUUCAUCUGGAGAAGUGGAAAACCCAAUAACUAAAAAGUCAUUUCCGCUGACUGAGAAAGAUAUUUCACUGGUUCCUCGUGCUCCGGUGAUUCUUAGAUUGACUCCCAACUUCUUCUCUGACACAUUUGAACUGGAGUGGUAUGAUGGGGGUUCAGACUUUCCAUAUGAAAUGGAUGCCACCUGGCAAAUUCAGAUCCUGCGAAAAGACCCCAUGGAGGAAGUAGCUCUGGAGACCUAUCUUUCAAAAUUAACUGGUAAAAACACUCUCCUCCACUGGACCUGGAAGUCAGACGUGCCUUUUAAUUGCACUACACACUACGUCAGGAUUCGCUGCUUUCUUCAUGAGAAUAUGUUCACUGGGAGCAAGAAGUGGAGUGAAUGGAGUCAACUUGGGAGUAUUCCUGGACUCGACACAGGCGCUUACAAAGAAAUGUACCCUUUAGACAUAGUGGUGGAAGUCGGUUCCAAUGUGACUUUCUGCUGUGUGUGGAAGAAAGAACAAAGUUUUGAGAGCAUACAUUUUGAAAAAUGUCCUCCUCAUCACUGCUCGACUGCUGCUCUCUCUAAUUGGAGCAUGUCCAUCCAUGUGCAAAACGUUACUGGUUUAAAAAAUAACUAUAAUGCAUGGUGUAUGAUGAUGGACCCGACGGAACCCAGUGGUGAAAACUGGAGUGGAACAGUUCUGUUUGUAGACUAUCCCCCUGAUGUUCCACAAAACGUUAGCUGCGAAACAGAGGAUUUUAAGGAAAUAGUAUGCAAAUGGGAACAGGGAAGGCCCACUUUAUUGUCUGGAGACCAAAAAACAAGAUACACUUUAUUUGAACGAAUAUCUGGGGAAAAUGUUACAUAUGCAGGAGAUUCUACACAUUAUCGGUGUACUUUUCCAAUUCAGAACAAUCAGACAAUAUAUGACUUCACAGUUCAUGCCUCCAAUGUUCUUGGCCAGUCAGAAGCUUCUCUUUCAAUCGAUAUAAUGCAUAGAGUUCAUCCGCGGCCUCCUGUAGAAUUAACUGUGAGUGACAAUAGCCCAACAAAUGUCAACUUGUCUUGGAAUUUGCCUGGCAAUUUCAUGGGAUUCAAACUUCAGUGUCAAGUUCAAGUUUUGACCAGCGUACCCCAAGAAAAACUGAAAAAACUGCGGAAAGUGCAUCUGGUUGGGGCAGAAAAUGCACGUUACACGACCUCCGUGGGUACAUUGCGUCCCUACACAAAUUAUAUUUUCAAAGUUCGCUGUUCAUCUGCUGAGCCCUUCUUCUGGAAAUGGAGCAACUGGAGCGAGGGAAGACCACACACAACGCGGGAAGCCCCACCAGAGGGACAGCUAGAUGUCUGGCGAGAGAGAAGUGCUGAUGGGAAAACUGUAAUAAUCUUUUGGAAGCCACUAUCCAUUUUGGAAAGCAAUGGAGUGAUAACGGAACAUGAAGUGAAUUGUUUCCUACCAGAGAUGACCAUUAACAAGCUGGUUCCUGUACCCUCGAACAGCACCAAAAUAAAGCUUGGGGGAAAUGAUUGCGUAUUUAAGGUGUUGGCGAAAAAUAAGGCUGGCCCCUCUCGUCCAUCUUUGAUCAAUAGUGCAGAAAUCCCAGUCAAUGAUGCCCCAACAGGGAAUGGCGUCGCAACAGGUGAUGGAAUAAACGUCACUUGGCAUUCUGACCCCAGCGUGACCUGUGGCUACACGGUGCGGUGGUGUCAUGGGCCCGAGCCCUGUGACACUGUCUACUGGGAAAGGUUUCCGUCAAAUGUGACAAAUGCUGUCGUCAGAUCUGCUCUCUUUCAGCCAGGAGUCCGCUACCGUUUUUCUGUCUAUGGCUGCAAUGUCAAUGGAUAUCAGCUACUGAAAUAUAUAGAUGGCUACAUACAAGAAUUGAAUCCAAUAGUUGCACCUCUUUGUAACGUGGAGAUUGCCACCUCAGAUUCUGUCUUAAUAAAAUGGGACGACAUACCUGUCAAAGAUCUCCGGGGCUUUUUAAAAGGCUAUGUGCUUCAGUUUGGCAAGGGAGAGGAAGGCAUCGCAAAGCCAAAGGAUUUUGAGCCAGGCCACCGAGUAACAAACAUUUCGGACCCAAACCAAAAAACGUUAAAAAUCUCAAGCCUUCAAGGGAAAACCAGCUACCACCUGAAUUUGAGAAGCUACACGGCAGGAGGACUUGGGCCUGCCAGGAACUUGUAUGUGGUUACCAAGGAGAAUGCUGUGGGAUUAAUCAUUGCCAUCCUCAUCCCAGUGGCCAUUGUUGUUGCAUUGGCAGUAGUGACCAGUAUCUUUUGCUACCGGAAGAGAGAAUGGAUUAAAGAAACUUUCUAUCCUGACAUUCCAAACCCUGAGAACUGCAAAGCUUUGGAGUUUGCGAAGGAUCCAGAGGGGAAUGCUAAUUCUAAAACCUUGGAGAUGAAUCCAUGUACUCCCAAUAACAUUGAAGUUGUUGAAACACAGUCCUCAUGCCUAAAGAUUGAGGACACCGCCAUUACAUCACCGGUGGUGGAGGACCAUCCUGAAGAUGGCUUUGACUCAGAAACAGAGAGCCACAUCGUUGUCUCCUAUUGCCCACCGAUCAUCGAGGAGGAGAUCUCAAAUCCACCAGCAGAUGAAUCUGCAGGGUCUUCCCAGGUUAUUUAUAUUGACAUCCAGUCGAUGUAUCCGGAUCAGAUUAAACCGAAGGAAGAAUUAGAAGUCGACUGUGUGGCUGCAGCAGGCUACAAACCACAGAUGCAGCUGCCCGUUAAUAGUUUAAGGAAGGUGGAGGAAACCUCAUGUAUAGAAGAAGAGGACUUGGACAACGCUGCAGGCUAUAGACCUCAAGUGAAUACACCCUCCUGGAACGCAGGCGGUCCGGAUUCGCCAGGCUCCAUUGAGAGCAACAACGAAAACGCCUCCUUUGGCAGCCCUUGUUCAAUCAACUCCCGGCAGUUUUUGAUCCCUCCCAAAGAGGAUGAAGACUCUCCCAAAGCCAUUAACACAGGCUGGUCCUUCACUAACUUCUUUCACAACAAACUAAACGAUUAACGUUAGGGUGGUCGCAGUAGUCCCGGAAGUACGGGGUUGCUGGAACUUGCUUUAACAGCCUCGGAGACACUGUACCCCGGGUGUGUGUGUGUGUGUGUGGUUAUCAUUUCAUUUCAGUGAAAUUGAAUGUUAACCUUGCUUAAGUUGCAGAGGAAAUGGCAACGGUCAUUUAUAUGGAUGGCAAAGAUGCUAAUUCAGAGCACCUCAUUUAAGGAUCGGUGUUUUGGGUUAACCCUUUCUGAAGCCAAAGAACAGCAAGAGGUCUGUGUCUACCUUUCAACCGUCCGUUCUUCCCCCUGCCUGCUGCACUUUCAGUAGGGCAUAACAAUCUGUGUUUAUGACUACUUCUAUGGUUUCCUAUUUUAAAUAAGAGACUGGGAUGGAGGGUGUGUGUAUUGUUAUAAGCAUGGCCGGUUGCCUCAGACACAACCAUGUGGAUUUUUCAGAGGUAUGGGUGUAUGUAGGUGUGUCGAGAACUGGGCCCUUGUGGUUAAAUCAAGUAGUUUUUUUAAAAAACAAUUUGAAGAUUUUGGGCAUCCAAACACUACAGUAGCCAAACACUACAGUACUUCCACUGAUUUAUGUUUUUAAGGCGCUAGUCCUCAAAAUCGCUCUGUAGAGCACCCUGUUGCUUAAGGCAAUUCAUUCCCUUUUGAUGUCUGCAGGACUAAAACAGUUUGCAUGGGGGAUCUCCAGCUUAGGUAGCUUGCCAGUCACAGCCUCAGCUACGGCUGAGGAUACUGUCUAUGGUGUUCAUUUUACAAGCCUGGGUCCUAGUUUCUGUACCUACUGUAUAGAUGAAUAUGCAAUAGUUUUGACUCAGGGGUGCAAAAACAAGUGAAACACUGAUUUUGAAAUCUCAGACAGGAAUAGAUAAAUGUUUAACUUCUAGCUUUUUUUUUUUAAAGCAAUCUUAUUUUUCCAAUCUUUUUUUUUUAAAAAAAAUAAUAAUAUAAACAUAACUGCUGUAUCUCUGACCUCAAGUAAUCAUGCAAAGCUAGACACUUUCUCCCUGAGAUGCUACUAUGCUGUGGAAUAAUCUGCUUGUUGUUUCAAGGAUCAUUCAGUUAUGUGAGCCUAAACCUCCAGUCUGAAGUGGUUACAGGCGCUAGGAUAGAUACAGGUGUAGCGCCCUGAUGAACACUAGGCCUUAGUUAGAUGUAUGCGUUCCAAGAAACCUCUCCAUCCCAUCAGUGUCUGUUUCCAGGGGAAAUCUACAAGCGAGACUGCCUAGGAACAGUCUUCCAAAAAUCUUCUGCACAUGCUCCAUUUUAAAAUCACCCGGACAAACUUGGAACAGUUUUCAUCUGUAGUCUCCGUGGAAAAUCAUUAUCCAUGAGGCAAUGGCAAGCCAUGAAUACUUUUAGCUAUGAAUCGCCAUAAAUGGAGUCCCCACCGCCAUCUUUGAAUUUCCGUGCAAAUAUUUCCAGGUAUAACAAGUGGAGGGCAGGUCUUGCUUCUAUACAUAUACUCUGAAAAUCCUACAUUGAACUGUCCUUUAAAACUGUCACCGAACAUUUCAAAUAGAGACCUUUGGGAUACCAUCAGAUGGACUACAGUCUUCAAACAAAGCUAAAUCAAAUAUCUUAGGCAUUUACAAUAUAUUUCUUGCUAUUGCUAGUCUGUAAUUAAUUCCACACUACUUACAGAAGUGGCAUUUUUAGAUAUAUGUGCAUUUGAAUUGCAGCAUUAUUUCAGAUUUCCUCAUUGGCAACUGGCCCUUCAGCACUAUGGAUGUAGCAGAUUCUUUAGAAAUUAAGUUAAGAGACCAUUGGGCUAGGCCUCCUUCUACUUUGAGCUCCUGAAACCUGCAUGUUAGCUCAGCUGUGCUGGAGGUUUUCUUGUAAACUAUGGGAUGGCCCCGUGUUUUCCAGCUGCUUUCUGAGAUAUUUCAUUUAUUCUAGCUAAUGCUCAGGUUUACCAUAUUUGGAUGAUCAUUUUAAGAUAUACAGCAAACACUUGAUGGACGUUUCUAGGUUUGAUUUAUACUAUAAAUCCAGUUCAAGCCUUUGUGGGCUGGAUGGGGAACCACUACAGGCCACCUUUGGCUCAAUAUACUUCCUACCCUUAUUCAUAUACUUCAGAAAGUGGUCACAUUUUCAGAGUGCCUUUAAUGUGGGGGGUUCUUCCUUCGUUACUUGAGGUGACUGGGAAACCCACUCUCGGAUUCCAGUAUUGAUCAAUAUCCUUGUUAUCUGUUUCAGCUGAACUGUAGUCUGUUGAUCUUAUUUUCAGGGACUGUAGCUGAGUUACCUACAUUGGCUGAUGGCAACAGCAAACGUUCCUUGAAAUCUGAAGGUUGUUGUUGGUGUAUUUAAUUAGCAGUGUCCUUUAUUUUUUUAAUCUACUUUUAAUACAGUUUUUCCAGGGCUUUUUCAGGAAUUGGAUUUGGGAGAAUUCUACCACACAUUUUGGUGUUUCUGUGGUAAAAUGUGUGACGAAAUCACCAUCAAUUCACCCAGUAGGAGUCUCAAAUCAUUUUGCUGGGUGGAAAGUAACUCAUUUCUAGUUGAAGGUACUGAUUUGCAUUUCAAAGGAAGCUCUUUGAUGAAAUGCAAAUGGUACCUUCAGAGAAUUGCAGGGGGGAAAAACAUGCAACUUUCCCUGCAUUCCCCUCCCAUGGUCCUGAGGUUUCCCUGGGGCUGCUAUUUGUACAACAAAGCACUUGCACGUGAAUGGCAUUCACACAAUUAAUAUAAUAUUAAAAUGUUGCAAAAUACACCCCCAAUCCAGUUGAACUGAAUUAGGGUGACCAUAUGGAAAGGAGGACAGGGCUCCUAUAUCUUUAGCAGUUGCAUAGAAAAGGGAAUUUCAGCAGGUGUCAUCUGUAUGCAUGCAGCACCUGGUGAGAUUCCCUCUUCAUCACAAUAGUUCAAGCUACAGGUGCCCUGUCUUCUUUUGUAUCUGGUCAAGAGAGCAGGGCUCCUGCAGCUUUAACUGUUGUGAUGAAGAGGGAAUUUCACCAGGUGCUAUGUGCAUACAAAUGGCCCCUGCUGAAAUUCCCUUUUCAAUACAACUGUUAAAGGUAAAGGAGCCCUGUCCUCCUUUCCAUAUGGUCACCCUAACUCAAUCCUUGACCAACUUAUCCAAUUCAAUUGAAGUCAAUACAAAAACAGUGCCUACAGGACUACUUUGGGGCACAGUACAAGUAUUCUUUGAACUAGUUUGUGAAAUAUUGGGGAGGGGGGGGAUUAAAAUGUUCCUCUAGUCUUCCAUGCCAAGUUUUUAUUCUUUUUGAGGUGCUAUUUAACUUUGGUAAUCAGCAUCAAUAGAAAUCCUGAAGCCUUGGUCUAUGCUUCAUGCAAGGCCUUAAUUCUCUUGCCUUCUGUCCUUAAAAGUUCUCUAGUUUCUGAAGAAUGUGUUAGAUAGCAAAACCAAACCAAAACCAAACCAAAGGACUGAAUUGGAAUACUUGUUUUUUCUAGAGCACUUCUGAGAAGCAUAUUUCUAUAUAAUCUGCUGCACUUAUUUCAGGGGGUAGGGGCAAUUGUAUUCCGAAAUUCCUUUUGUUAACUCUUUAAACUUUUUAAAUAUAAUACAGAAUACCAUUCAGUAAAAUUCUAGAGCUUCUAUUGGCUUUUUAGUAUGUUUGUUUUUGAGCCAUAUGUCUUAUAGGGGUUUUGUUUUUUGUUUUUGGUUAAGAAUUUACUUUGAAUGGCACUAUGAGAAAACCAUAUCUUUGUUACUUUGUGUUGACUAAUGGGGAGGGAAGGGACUGUGAAUCCAGUUUGGGAUAGUUGUUGUUUGAAAUGGCAUUUUUGAAGUGUUUAGGAUGUACAUUUUUAGUAACCUGCAUAUGAUAUACCUCACAAAAAUGAUUUUAUCAGAUGUAGUAAGCUAUAAUUUUGAAAACAACGUUGUGUGCUUUCACCCCCCACAGAUUGCUUUCUUCCCUUUUAUGUAACCAUCUUGGGUUCAUUUUGCAAUGUGGCACAAUCCAUUUGCCUCUCAGUUCUGGGCAACCGUGAACUGGGCAACAGCGGAGACUAUUCAAGAGAGGUGGGGCAGUACAUUCCGCCACUUAACACUUGCAAAACUUUUGGGCUGCCCUUACUACUGUAAGCAGGAGGGGCUACACCAAUGUGCAUUAUACCUCUGAUUGUUUAUUAUUGCCUACUAUUUUUAGAGUGUACCAUCAGAAGUUGCCCAAGAGUAUUUCUGGCCUGGAUGUCAACAUUCAUGGAAACUUCAGCCCAUUACUGGUUUCUGCCUCCCAACAGGGUAGAGAAGAGGCACUGUAGGGCAUCCACACAAGCUGUUCAUUUACUUGGCAGACAUCUAGGCGUUCACUAGCUGGGAGGAAGUGUUUGGAAAAAGGCUUGUCUGCCUGUCUUUCUCUUAGGGCAUGUCUAGACCUCCUGGUGUUCCGGGAGGGAGCGGGGAGGAUCUCGUGAUUUUCUGAUCAUGAGAUCCUCCUCCUCAGUCCACACACAGCUGCAUCAUGCCUGUUGUGGCAGCCAUUUUUUAAAAAAAAACAGCUGGAGUGCAUGAGCGCUCCAGUGAAAAUAAAAAGGUAAAUAAAGAACAACCCGCUCCCCUCCGCACUCCUGAUGGGCACGGAGUGCUAGAAGAGCUCCAUGCUUUGUGCCUGGUUCCCAGUUCCUGGCGUUUACUCGUGAGGAGCAGGGACAAAACCGGGAUAGCUGCCCACAACUCCUGCAGUCUCGGGACAAUCCCGAGACUGCGGGAACAGUCUGGGAUUAAAGCUGUCCCAGUUAUCCCGGGGAAAUGCAGGGAUCUUCCCUCCCUGCCCCCGGGAUCCCCUGUGCGUCAUGUCGAUCCCCAGGAGAACAACUGUUGUAGACAUGCCCCUAGAUGCUUUCUGUACUUGGCUACUAAAGAUGGCUACUAAAAUGCUACACAAAAAGAUGUGGAAGCUGCCAUAGAGUUGCAUGCAGAUUAUUUUGCAACUCAUCUCUUAGAGCAGAGUUGGGCAACUUGUGGCCCUCCAGAUGUUUUGGCCUACAACUCCCAUCAGCGCUAGCCAACAUAGCCAAUGAUGAGGAAGUUGUAAGCUUAAAACAUCCAGAGGACUACACGUUGCUCACCUGUCUUAGAGGUUUCUCCUGUAUGGAAAUGAAGAAGGAAAGGGGAAAUAGGAAAGAGGUAACUUCCGCUCUUUCAGAAAAGCCCUACUGAAAAAGUUGAUUUCCCCAGAAGUACUCUGCUGGGCAGUAUCCGUUCAGCUCAGUAGGGCUUGUUAUAUAUUGCACUCAAGAUUUAAUGUAAACAUGUCUCUUUAGCGCUUUGGGCCACUAAAGGUCAUGAGUUGUGUCCAUAGAUUUCAAUUACAUUGUGAACCAUGGGGUCGCUGUGUUUCAACACUUGCUGUUUAGAUUGUGCUUGUGGGGUGGAUUAGCUCGUCAUUGGCGUGUUCAGAUGUAGAAGUAUAAAAACAAACCCUUAAAAGGGGAACAAAUUUCAGAGCACUUAUAAGAGUGGUUUUCAAACUAUGGUUCCUCAAGUUAAAAUAUCAGCUAUUGUGGUGGGCAAGGUUCCCUGAAGAUCCGCUAUUGAUAUUCCUGGCAAUGGCUGUGCUCCCAAUUCACAUGGGGUGAUACCAAACAGGGAUAUGCUCUGAGCGAACUGAGAACAACCCUGGCCAUUAAAAUAUGCCACAGGAUUGUCUACAAGGCUCACAGGGGUUCCUCGGCAGAUCUGUCAAUGUGGAACGCGUUUGCUAAUGGGUCGGCCAUUUGCAAGCCACUGCCUUGCACCAAUGUCAGUGGCACUACAGCACUGUGAAUGGGUUGUGAAUUGACCACUCUAAGCAUAGGGAGAUUUUUGAAAUUCUCUCUUGAUGCUUUUCCCUGUGGCUGUGUGGCCUCCUUGAGGGCUUCCAUGGUGAAUGUGAAAUCUCCUGCAGUGAGAUGAAGCAGAGACUCGAAAGACAUCGGGUGGGGAGUUAGGGUGGGAGCAGAAAUGGGAUGGGGGUGGGAUUUUUGAAGAUCACUGUAAGUACAGAAUUGUUACUUGUAUAAUACAUGUUUUAUAUAGCUCAGUAAAUUCUGAUUGUUUUAUUAAGAAUGUAAAUAGCACAUUAAAUAUAUGCAAUGGAUGUGAAGUUAAUCUCUAUGCUUUUCGAAAUAUUAAAUGAUAUUAUAAUACUGAACAGACUGGAAAACUCAAAGUUGCCUAUGUUUUGUUGUUGUUGUUAUUAUUACUCUGCAACCAAUUUGACCAUACCUAGCCUUGCUUCCUAUCUGUGUAAAUUGGGCUGCUAUACUUGGCGAUUUGCUGCCAGAUGGCUCAGGUAUAAUUUUGUCUCCUAAGCAAACCUAUAUCAUGUAUACAAACGAAUGUACUCUUUAUUCUACUGUGUAUAUUUCAAUCUCGGAGAUGUCUUUUUGAAACUAUUUUCAAUCUCACUCUGUGCCCUCAGAGAUUGGUAACUCAUUACUGUCUUGUACCCCAAGAACAGAAGGGCAUGCCCAAUUGCGAAUUUCAGGAGCUCCCAGCUGAGUACUUUAGUGCAAAAUUAGUACUGUGGGUAUGCAUGACACCCAGACUUUCACUGACAUACAGGCAAUCCAAUAACAUGUUCCGUGCCUCCUGCUAAAGAGGAGAUUGGUGCUUGUUUCUGUGCUAAAUAUCUUCAGUAUGUGUGCACAGGGCAUCUAUGCAUAGGGUCAGUGUAUUUUGUAACCAUCAAUAUGAGACAACCAGACAUUUAGCAACUAUGUAUUUCCUGGUAAAAUCACUUAAGUAGGCACCUAGAGUGGAGGAUAAUAUUGGGGAAACACAAUUGGGAGGAGGGAGUAGCGAACUGUAUAAGUGAUAUAGUACUAAAAUACGAAAUUUAGCAUGAACAGAAAGCCAGUUUGCCUGUCUAUUUGUAUGGCAAUGUACUGCUUAUCCCUGUAAUUUGCAUGUAUCAUUAUAAUUAUUAUUUGGCUAGAAUAUUGUCAUGGAGUUUAAUAAAUGUAUUUUCUUACACAGCCUGCAGAAGAUUAUAUCUACUUUUCCUCA